CUAACAUACACCUACUAACAUAAAAUUUGGAUUCCUCUCAAACCAUCACAUACACACCGAUUCCCCUGCCUAUUAUACCUCUUCUACUUAUACUCCUUGCAUUGGCUUACUCCCAUAUAUUCUACUACUCACAAUGUAGUCACCUUCAUUGCACAUUGAAGAGAAAAAUGGGUAAUUAUAGGUUUAAACUAUCAGAUAUGUUACCAAAUGCUUGGUUUUACAAGCUCAAGGAUAUGGGAAAAAGCGGAACAAGAAGCCAAAUCAAGAGAAAUCAAACAUCCUCAUCCUUAUUAUCUACUUCAUCUUCUUCAAUAUUUUCCUCAUCAUCAAAUCUUCAACAACAAACCAAAACACAACAACAACAACAACAACCCCAAAGAAAAUCCUAUUACAUUUCAAGAAACUUUAGUCCUAAUACUCAUCAUACCAAUGAAAAUAAAACGUUGUCCAAGAAUACAACUUCCAACAACAUUAAUUUCUCAGAGCCACCAAGAAAAUCUUCCAAGAAAAGAAGGAACAUCACUAGGAGAAAAACUUCAACUUCUCCUAAAUGUUGUCGUGAUUCUCUUGAAUCUAUUUGGACAAAAAAUGAUUCUACUCCUGAAGAAUACCCAAAUUCCUCUUUUUCAUCUUCUACUACUUCUUCCACUGAACCAGAAACAUUUGAUGCAAUGAUUCUAUCAACAUCUUGUCGUUUCAAUAAUAUUGUCAUUGACAUGAACAAGAAUGAUCAUGAGUUUGAAUCUCCUUCGAAUGUCGAUCUUCCUCCAAUUAUAACCAAGCCCAAAAAACUUGAAGAUUCAACAAAUGGUACCAAGAAACAAGAAGAAAAAAUAGAACACAAGGUUUUAACAGUGAAAAAAGAAAAGAGUGCAAGUCCAAAGAGAAGAGUUUCAGUGAAGCUUAGAACAAAAUCUCCAAGAAUAGUAAGUAGAAAAAGUGUCUCUUCUUCAAGUACAAAGUUAAGGAGAAGUGUUGGUGAAAGUUUUGCAGUGGUGAAAUCAUCUAAAGAUCCACAGAAAGAUUUCAUGGAAUCAAUGGUGGAGAUGAUAGUGGAGAAUAACAUAAGGACAUCAAAAGAUUUAGAAGAACUUCUUGCUUCUUACCUUUCAUUGAAUUCAGACCAGUAUCAUGAUCUUAUCAUCAAGGCUUUCAAGCAAAUCUGGUUCGAUAUUCAGCUAAAAUAAAUUUGUACUAUAUUUUAUUGACUAUAAUAGUAAUAAUAGUAAUGUGUAUAAGUAGAAAAUUCCAAUGUUUUAAUGGGAAUUUGUCUCAUUAGUUGUGA